CGGGCGCCUCAUUCCUUGUGUACAGGUUGUCGCAACAUACAUACAUACAUACAUACUGCGCACGCACCAAGUCACAAUAAUGCUGCCCCUAGUUGGUUUGCUGCUGGUGGCCCUCAUGCCAUUCAGCCAUGCACGUCUCUGCGACGAUUUAUCAAGCAAAAUUAAGAACGAUGUCAUCGACUCAAUGCUUUGGCCGAAGUCAGCACAAAUUGCCACAAGCGGCAAGCUUUCGCCUACCUGGGGCUCGAAUGUGCAGGGCGAGGUCAUUCCCAAUGGCAACUACAACGACACGACGGCCGUCAUCGAGUACUUCUACGGUCUGGCGGGCCCCUUGGAUCCUAACCCCGCCAACAACCUGGACGUGCCGCGCGUUGUAAACAUCGAGGUCGUCUGGAUGACCUGCAACGCCUCGACGCGCACUGUCGCCACGGAGACGUUCAUUCAGUUUGCGGAUGGUCGCGGCAACCCAGGUCUCAAGAUCGACCUUAUCCACGUCUACAAGUUCACCAAGAAGCGACAGAUUUGCGGCUAUUCCCUCGUGUCGAAGCGCCAGGAAAUUCUCAUCGACUCGAUGCCAGGGGCGCUCGACCCUGCCAUCAUCAUCCCCCAAGUCUGCGGCGGCGUGCAGUACCUGUGCACUGGAGCCAACCAGCAGUUUGCCAACUACACGGCCUGCGCCACCUUCAUGCAGUCCAUCCCCCUCGGUACUUCCGCUAGCCUGGACCAGAGCAACGUGCUGUGCCGCCGCCUGCACCUCAACCUGGCCGCUAUCGACCCCAACCUGCACUGCCCGCAUGUGGGCCCCAGUGGCGGCGGCAAGUGCACGAACAAGGGUGUCGAAAGCCAGUUCCUGGUCAAGGAGUUCUUGAACUGUUGAGCCAUUGGCAGUCGUGGGAAACAUGUUUCCCAUCUGUACAGAUGGGGUCCCCUCCUAGCAGUGUCGUUCGCUUGGCACUGGUGGCGGACGGUGGCGGCGGUCUGCGCUGCCAGACGGCAUGUAGGCCUAGUCCGUGUGGGCCGCGCUAAGACGCAUAGCCACUCAUUCACUACGACUGGAGUUAUGCAAGUCCGCGAGUCACAUUUGUUGUCGUUACACUUAUGGCGCUGCUGUAUGGUGUGCGCACUGCUGCGUAGUUUUGAUAUGUACGGUCUAUACGGUAUGUAUAUUCUUGCGUCCAUGUAAGACUCCUCGCCU